UUGACUGAUUGAUUGAUUGAUUGAUUGAUUGAUUGAUUGAUUGAUUAUAUAAAGAAUUGAUCUGUAUCAGCUCUCUAAACAUGCACGUGUCUCUCUGGCUCGUUUGGAUUGUAACUCUUCACACCGCCGCUCAGCAUCCUCCGGACCGGCACCGGCACCGGCACCGGGACCGGGACCGGGAGGAGGGAGUCCUGCAGCCGGGCUGGAGGAUGCAGAGCCCCGGGGGAUCCUCAGCCGCAGGGCAGCUCGUUGUCUGGGGGACUCCUCUGACUCCUCUGACUCCUCUGACCGGUCCUCACGUCUGUGGAGGUCGGUGUUGCGUCGGAUGGACUUUAUCGCCGAGAACCAGACGAUGCACCAAACCCAGGUGUCUUCCUCGUUGCCAUGACGCUGCGUUGUGCCGCCAGUCUAACCGCUGUCUGUGUCGUCGAGGUUUCCAUGGUUACCGCUGUGAGUCCGCCACGCCGACCUCCGUCAAACCCGCCGUCAGUCCUCCAGGGCGCCACGCGAUCCGAAAGACGAGAGUCCUCAGAGCUCGCUCUGGUCCUGCUGCCACCUUAAUAACCAGCAGACCUGAACCAGGACCCUCAGAUCUGAAUCCACCUGAGACUCCCGACCCUGGUCCUGAUAAGGACAAAGGAGGCGUUUCAAAGGGGUUUCUAAUGCAGGAGGAGAACCAGGCCGCACCAAAACGUUCGCAGACGGGACCGAGACCAGAGUUCAGCAACCGGCAGACCCGGAAUAGAGAGGACAAGGAGGACGGAGCAGAGACCACAACCAGUUUUACAGAGAUUAAACCAGAACCAGAACCAGAGGAAACCCCACACUCCUUCAAAACCGCCGAUCCAGAGUCUCUUUCUAAUCCAGAGUCUAAUCCCGGGCCUAGUAAAGAGUACAGUCUUAAUCUGGAGUCUAAUCCCGGGCCUAGUAAAGAGCACAAACUUAAUCCGGAGUCUAAUCCCGGGCCUAGUAAAGAGCACAGAUUUAAUCUGGAGUCUAAUCCCGGGCCUAGUAAAGAGAACACACUUAAUCUGGAGUCUAAUCCCGGGCCUAGUAAAGAGCACAGUCUUAAUCUGGAGUCUAAUCCCGGGCCUAGUAAAGAGCACAGUCUUAAUCUGGAGUCUAAUCCCGGGCCUAGUAAAGAGUACAGUUUUAAUCUGGAGUCUAAUCACGGGCCUAGUGGAUAUAUAAAUGUGGAUGAUGGUGUGAGAGGAGAGAAGAAGUGGGAGGAGGAAGCAACAAAAUCGGGAGAGAAGAAGAAGAAGGAGGUCGGAGGAGCAAAGACGCAGUCGCUGAGUGUGAGGGAGGCCCAGGCGGUGUUACUGAGGAAGACUCUGUCACAGGGAGGAAGAGGAGACAAGAUGGCCGCCCUGCUGAUGAAGCACAUCGAGAAGGAGAGGAAGAAAGUUCUCGCUGUGACCUCUUCUAACUCUUCAUCCUCCUCGUCCUCAGUGAAAACCAGCGUGAAGACUUUCUACACUCAGAAGGGCCAGUACACCGUCCACGUCACCGCUCCCACAGCUGAUGGACAGACUGUCUCAGGAGGAGGAGGAGUGGCGGAGAGGAUCCAGGUGAUGUUCACUCCCACCAUCUGCAAGGUGCGCUGCAGCCAGGACAGAUGUGUCAACUACUGCGAGCGAGGCAACGUGACCACGCUGUACAGCAGCAGCAGCAGCGAGGGAGGAGGAGGAGGAGGAGGAGGAGGAGGAGGAGGAAGGAGAGACAGCUCCCAUGGACCGGGCUUCAGAGUCUUCCUCUGUCCUCUGCUCUGUAAGAACGGAGGCGUCUGCCUGCAGAAGGAUCGCUGUCUCUGCUCGCCAAACUUCAGCGGGAAGUUCUGCCAGAUCGCCGUCGCCCCCACCGCCGUAGCUGCAGCCGCAUCGCCCUCCUCCAUCUCCACCAAUGAGAUCGUCAAACCGGCGCUGCUCUCCGCCAUGGCAGCCAAUCAGGAGCUGACCCGGUCUGAGUUCCUCCUGCCGCUGGGACAGAACCAGGAGACCCGGAGGUCUGGAGCCCCCAGCCCGUCCAUGGUGAAGGUCCGGGUGGAGCACCCCCUCGAGGCCAGCGUGAAGAUCCACCAGGUGCUGAAGGUGUCUGGAUACAGUCCCACCCUGCGGACGCUCUCCUCCUCCUCCUCCUCUUCCUCGGGGUCGGCGGGCGCUCCGGCUCCGGCGGUCCAGGCCCAGACGCUGAGGGGGGGCGGCACGUUCACCCAGCAGGCCGGGUUCAAGUACUGCUUCAGAGAGGUCAAAGACAGACAGUGUAGCUCUCCUCUGCCUGGUCUGAGGAGCAAGGAGAUGUGCUGCCGAGGCAUCGGGAAGGCCUGGGGGAUCACCGACUGUGUCCUCUGUCCUGAUAACACGGGUCAAAGUAACAACAGCUGUCCUGCUGGUUUCGAGCGAGCCAAUGGAACGCAGUGUGUCGAUGUGAAUGAGUGCCUCCAGCCGGGGCUGUGUGAGAACGGCUUCUGUGUGAACACCAGGGGGAGCUAUAGCUGUGUGUGUAGGGCGGGGUUCAUCCUCGACGCCUCACAUGGGAUCUGCAUCUCCCAGAGUGUGAUAUCAGAGGAGAAGGGUCAGUGUCACCGGAUCCUGGGCUUGGGUCGAGGUCCGUCCUCCUGCUCCCUGCCCAUCCUUCGGAACAUCACCAAGCAGAUCUGCUGCUGCAGCCGAGUCGGCAAAGCCUGGGGACCUGAAUGCCAGAGGUGUCCCUACUUCGGUUCAGUGGCCUUUAAAGAGAUCUGUCCAGCCGGUCCUGGGUACCACUACUCAGCCUCAGCCCACCAGUUCAACCAGAGAGUCAACGAACAUCUGGGGAGCCGAGGAGCUCCGCUGGUAACCCAAGACCACCAGGAUAACCAAGCUGGAUCAGCCAACACCAGACCCAGUCCACCUCAGCCUCAUCCCCGACCCCAGCCUCAGCCUCAACCCCAACCUCAGCCUCAACCUCAGCCUCGGCCUCAGCCUCAGCCUCAGCCCCAGCCUCAUCAGCGACCCCAGCCUCAGCCUCAACCCCAGCCUCGACCUCAGCCUCAACCUCAUCACCGACCCCAGCCUCAGCCUCAACCCCAGCCUCGACCUCAGCCUCAACCUCAGCCUCAUCCUCCACUCCGACCUCAACCUCAGCCUCAGCCUCCACUUCGACCCCAACCUCAGCCUCAGCCUCCACUUCGACCCCAACCUCAGCCUCAGCCUCCACUUCAACCCCAACCCCAGCCUCAGCCUCAACCCAAGCCUCGCCCCCAACCUCAACCUCAGCCUCAACCCCAACCUCAGCCUCCACUUCGACCUCAACCUCAGCCUCAACCCCAGCCUCGACCCCAACCUCAGCCUCCUCUUCGACCUCAGCCUCAGCCUCAGCCACGCCCUGCCGACUCUCCCUCCUCCAGGCCCGUGCAGCCUAGCAGCACCGGCACCACAGCCGGGACCACAGCCGGGACCACUGCCGGGACCCAGCAGAACCAGCCCGACCCCGCCCCGUCGUUCACAACACGACCGAGACCACAGCCUCCGUCCACCGGGAGUCAAGCAGGCGGCCGGACCUCCGAUCAGCCGGCAGCUGGAGGAGACUCCCUCCCGGCUCCGGUCCAGCCACACAGCCCCGAUCGUGGGUCGAGGCCCAGCGGAGAGCUCCCUUCUCUGUCACCUGCUGUCAGCCCGACCACCCGACCGGCCCGAGUCCAGCCAGUGCCAGGUGUGUGUGAGAGCCGCCCAGGUGUGUGUGGGCGUGGCCGCUGUGUGGACCAGCCAGGUGGAAAACACACCUGUGUGUGUGAUCAGGGAUACCAGCCCAGCUCUCAGCGCACGUACUGCCAAGAUGUGAAUGAGUGUGUGCAGUCUCCAGGUGUGUGUGUGGUGGGAGAGUGUGUGAACACCAUGGGAAGCUACAGGUGUGUGUGUCCGUCGGGAUAUAGGAGCAGCAGCCACCAGACCAGUUGUCAAGACAUUGACGAGUGUCUGCAGAAUCCGUGCAGCAACGGUCGCUGUGACAACACACCGGGCAGCUACAGGUGUGUCUGUCGCCUUGGUUACAGGCUAAGCGGCAACACCUGCACAGACGUGGAUGAGUGUGAGGACGCUCUGCAGUGUCCCGGUCAGGAGUGUGUCAACAGUCAGGGCUCGUACCGCUGCGUCUCCUGUCAUCCUGGAUACAGACUGACCAACAGGCUCUGUACAGACAUCGACGAGUGUCGCCAGACUCCCUGCUCCAACGGUCGCUGUGAAAACACACCUGGAAGCUACCACUGUGUCUGUCGCCAUGGUUACAAGCUACAGAACAACACCUGCAUAGAUGUAGACGAGUGUGCAGAGCCGUCUCAGUGUCCUGGUCAGAUGUGUGUGAACGCUGUGGGGUCGUACCGCUGUGUGUCCUGUCGACCAGGAUUCACACUCACCAACAGACAAUGUGCAGAUGUGGACGAGUGUGAGGACAGCGAGUCCUGUCCUGAUCAGCAGUGUGUGAACACUGAAGGAUCUUACAGCUGUGUGGGCUGUCAGCAGGGAUACCACAGUGUCAGCGGGCUGUGUGCAGAUGUAGAUGAGUGUGCGAGCGGCGGGGCGUGCGAGGCAGAGCGUGUGUGUGUGAACACCGUCGGCUCGUUCAGGUGUGACUGUCUGCCCGGGUAUCGAACCUCCGGCCUGGGGAGACUGUGCAGAGACGUUAACGAGUGUCUGGAGGGGGAUUUCUGUUUCCCCAGAGGAGAGUGUGUCAACUCACCUGGAUCCUACACCUGUGUGUGUUCUCAGGGAUUCACUCUAAACGACAACGGAACCGCCUGCAUCGACGUGGACGAGUGUGUGAAGUUGGGUUUGUGUUCGGACGGUCGCUGUGUGAACACUGAAGGCUCCUUCAGGUGCCAAUGUGAAACCGGCUUCACCACCAACCCAGAGAGGACCGCCUGCCUAGACGUUGAUGAGUGCGUCUCGUCCGGCGGCGCGGUGUGCGCGGCGUCACAGCGCUGUGAGAAUACGAUUGGCUCGUACCACUGCCUGACUUCCUGUGAGCCGGGCUUCCAGGUCUCCCCGACCGGCAGCUGUGUGGAUGUUAAUGAAUGUUCCAAUAAGACGGUGUGUGGAGAUCACGCCUUCUGUCAGAACCUGAGAGGAACCUACGUGUGUGUGUGUGACCAGGGCUUCACCGCCACCACCGACGGGAAGGCCUGCAUGGAUGAGGACGAGUGUGUGUCUCUGCCCGGUGUGUGUGGUUCUGCCCGUUGUGAGAACGUGGACGGAUCCUUCAUGUGUGAAUGUGACAGACGGGGAGACGAGUUCGACACCGCCAGCCGACGCUGUGUCAACACGGCACCACAAGCUGGCUACUCCCCCUCCUCUCCUUCCUCCUCCGUCCACGUCAGCAUGGUGGAGUUAGCGCCGGGGCUGCCCCCCCUCCCCGCGGCCCGUCCAGGUGAGCUGAGGGAGUGUUACUACAACCUGGCCGAGCGGGGAACCUGCAGCGUGCUGGCCACCAACAGCAGCCAGCAGGAGUGCUGCUGCACGGUGGGGGAGGGCUGGGGGCUCGGCUGCCAGUACCACGCCUGCCCCCCCACAGACACAGCCGAGUUUCUGUCUCUGUGUCCCAGUGGGAGAGGAUACGUUACUACUGGACCUGGAGCCUUCAGCUACAGAGAUGUGGACGAGUGUAAGCGUUUCCAUCCAGAGGUGUGUAAGAACGGAGUGUGUGUCAACAACAUCCCCGGAUACAACUGCUACUGCUCCAGCGGAUACGUCUACAACAGCACGCUGCUGGAGUGUGUCGAUCAUGAUGAGUGUGAGGAGGAGAGCUGUGUAGGAGGAAUCUGCGUCAACACGGUGGGUUCAUAUUACUGCAGCUGUCAACCUCCUCUAGUGCUGGACGACACUCAACGCAACUGUGUCAACUCCUCCCACCUCACUGUGGAUGAGAACCUGUCUCUGUGCUGGCAGCACGUCACAGCCGACCUGGUGUGUCAGAGUCCUCUGCUGGGAGCUCAGGUGACCUUCAUGGACUGCUGCUGUCUGUACGGGGAGGGCUGGGGGAUGGAGUGUGCCCUCUGCCCCCCCACCGACUCCGACGACUACGCCACUCUCUGCAGCUCCUUCCCUCCUCCUCUGUUUACCGACAGUUUUCCAGAACCAGGACCAGAACCAGGAGUGAGACCAGGAGCUGGACGAGGAGGAGGAGGAGGAGGAGGAGGAGGAGGAGGAGUGGCUCCUCCCUACUAUCCUCCCUACAGUCCUGACUCCUUCCCUGCGGUGCUUCCUGACUAUGACGACUACUCUCCAGCAGGAGGCAGCAGGUCGGUGUACAGAGGUCGGACGCCGGACACCUUUGGCCUGCCGGACGGCGCCUACCGCCGGUCAGAGUUCAGCACUGGUUACUACUCUGAAGGAGACUACGGCCCCCCCGACGGCUCCCAGCCCAGAACUCCCUCCUACCGCCUCCCUGCCGACCCCCGGGCCGAGAGGGCGUUCGGUGCCCGUCCUCCUCCUCCAUCCCGACCCGACGGUCCUCCUCUCAGCCUGGCGCCGCUGCCCGGAGCUCCCUACGAGCAGCAGCAGCAGCAGCACGAGGAGGAGGAGGAGGAGGUGGCCUGGAGGCCGGGACCGCCCUUCCCUCCCUUCACUGAGAGGAGAGGAGGAGGAGGAGGAGGAGGAGGAGGAGCAGCAGCACCGAGGAGGGUCUAUGAGAGGCGUUACGAGUCCUACGCCAGCCUGAGCACAGCAGAGGAUUGUGGGAUACUGCAAGGCUGUGAGAACGGCAGGUGUAUUCGAGUCGCCGAGGGUUACACCUGUGACUGUUACCAAGGAUACGAACUGGACAUGACGACCAUGACGUGUAUAGACAUUAACGAGUGUGAGGACGCCGCCGGCGUGGACUUCCCGUGUGUGAACGCUCGCUGUGUGAACACCGACGGCUCGUUCCGCUGCGUCUGCAGGAGAGGAUACGUCAUGUCCCGCAGACCCAACCACUGUGUGGCUGCGUAGACCGGACCGGACCGGACUCCGUUAGACCAGUUCCAACUGGUCUAGACUGGACUACAGGACGGCAGACUAGAGCUGGGCUGGACUAGAUUAGACUGAACUGGUUGGAGCUUUACUACAGGACCAGAUAUGACAAACUGGACUGGACCAGGCUGAGAUGAACUGGGCUAAAAUACUCUUGAUUGCACUAAACUGGGAAAGGCUUGACUGGGCACCAGUUACACCAGUUACACCAGCUACACCAGCAACACCAGUUACACCAGCAACACCAGUUACACCAGUAACACCAGUUAAACCAGUAACACCAUUUACACCAGUUACACCAGUAACACCAGUAAUACC